UACUGCAGAGAGAGAACUGCAUCGAAAAAACACACCGGAAGGCAUUAACUACCUCAGUUCUACAGUGUGAUAGCAGCAAAUUCAGAUUCGUAAGACACAAGCAACUCGCCUGGUGCAAUGGCUAACAAUCAGAGCCAUCCACUUUUCCUCUCUCAAACAAAGCCGGACCAAUGAACACCACAGCCAGUGAGGGUAUCUUCCUGUGGUGACUGCAGAGUCCAGGGUUUUCCCCUGUUGCAUCUCCAGAUCCACCACUCUGCUUCACUCUGCUCUGCUCCCAAACCCCUCCACCAGCUUACAUCCAUCCCCCUCUGCCCCCUUCCUACCCCCCUGUACUUCCACCCCUGAACCUCCAUCAGAGUUAUAAUGGACGACAGCUACGAUAACAGGACAUCCUUAGUGAAGGGGGCCAAGGACAUCGCCAAGGAGGCCAAGCGGCACGCCGUGAAAAAGGUCAACAAGGUCGUGGACAGCGCCACAGACGAGUACUCCCAGCGCAAAUACAGCCGUUUCGAGGACGAGGUAGACGUGGGGGACGACUUUUACCAUAAUCCCCUGAGGCAGGACGGAGGCUACAAUGACAACGACCAGGCCAGUGAUGCCAGCGAUGCCACAGAGGGCCAUGAUGACGAAGAUGAGAUUUACGAGGGGGAGUACCAGGGGAUCCCAGCAGCUGAAGACAGGCGGGCCAGGGAGGGGCAGGUGGCUCUGGGGCAGCCCGUCACAGACAGCCUGAGAGAACGUAAGGAGCUGGAGAAGGAGAGGCAAGCGGACGAGGAAGAACUGGCCCAGCAGUAUGAGCUGAUCAUCCAGGAGUGUGGCCAUGGCAGGUUCCAGUGGCAGCUGUUCCUGGUGCUGGGCCUGGCCCUCAUGUCGGAUGGGGUGGAGGUGUUUGUGGUGGGGUUCGUUCUGCCCAGCGCCGAGACGGACAUGUGUGCUCUGGGUGGCUCCAACUCCAGAUCUGGAUGGCUAGGCAGUAUUGUGUACCUGGGGAUGAUGUUGGGAGCGUUUUUCUGGGGGGGCAUGUCAGACAAGGUGGGCCGCAGACAGUGUCUGCUCAUCUGCAUGUGUGUGAACGGCUUCUUCGCCUUCCUGUCCUCCUUCGUUCAGGGCUACGGCAUGUUCCUGCUCUGCCGCGUGAUCGCAGGCUUUGGAACAGGGGGGGUUGUGCCUAUAGUCUUCUCCUUUUUUGCGGAGGUGCUGUCCAGAGAGAAGAGAGGGGAGCACCUGAGCUGGCUGUGCAUGUUCUGGAUGAUUGGAGAGAUCUAUGCUUCAGCCAUGGCCUGGGCCAUUAUACCACACUACGGCUGGAGUUUCAGUAUGGGUUCGGCCUACCAGUUCCAUAGUUGGAGAGUGUUUGUGGUGGUCUGCGCCCUGCCCUGCGUCUGUGCUGUGGUGGCUCUCACCUUUAUGCCCGAGAGCCCCAGGUUUUACCUGGAGGUGGGGAAGCAUGAUGAGGCUUGGAUGAUCCUCAAACAGAUCCAUGACACCAACAUGCGAGCGCGUGGGCAGCCGGAAAAAGUCUUCACUGUGAACAGAAUCAAGAUCCCCAAGCAUCUGGAUGAGCUGGUGGAGAUGAAGUCAGAGUCGGGGAACGCAGUCUCCAAGGCCCUCUUCAGGUCAAAGACAGAGCUACGUGGGAUCUUGGUUAACUUUAUUAAGUGUUUUGACUACCCUCUGAAAGAAAACACUAUCAAGCUGGCUAUUGUGUGGUUUACACUGUCAUUUGGGUACUACGGCCUGUCUGUGUGGUUCCCUGAUGUCAUCAAGCAUCUUCAGGCAGACGACUAUGCCUCCAAGGUGAAGACCCACAGCAACGAACGCAUCGAGGACUUCACCUUCAACUUCACCCUGGAGAACCAGAUCCACACCAACGGGGUCUUCAUCAGCGACAGAUUUCUUAAUAUGAAGUUGAAGUCCGUCACCUUCAUUGACUCCACCUUCCGUAACUGCUACUUUGACGACGUGACGUCAGUGGGAUCCUACUUCCGGAACUGUACCUUCAUCGAGGCAUUCUUCUUCAACACUGACAUCGAUGAAUCAAAACUGAUAGACGGCACAGAGGUGAUCAACAGCUCGUUCCACCACAACAAGACGGGCUGUCAGAUGACGUUUGACGACGACUACAGCGCCUACUGGGUCUACUUUAUCAACUUCCUGGGAACUCUAGCUGUUCUACCCGGCAACAUUGUUUCUGCACUGCUCAUGGAUAAGAUUGGACGCCUAUCGAUGUUAGGUGGCUCCAUGGUUCUGUCAGGGAUCAGUUGUUUCUUCCUGUGGUUCGGCACCAGUGAGUCGAUGAUGAUCUUCAUGCUGUGCCUUUACAACGGCCUGAGCAUAUCAGCCUGGAACUCACUGGACGUGGUCACCACAGAGUCCUUCCCUACAGACAGGAGAGGGACAGGUUUUGGGUUCUGUAAUGCUCUGUGUAAGUUAGCUGCCGUGUUGGGGAACGUGAUCUUUGGUUCGCUGGUUGGCAUCACCAAGGCCAUCCCCAUCCUCCUGGCCUCAUCUGUGCUGGUGUGUGGAGGUCUGGUGGGGCUCCGGCUGCCUGAUACUCGGGCCAACGUCCUCAUGUAGUCCCAGGAAGGACCACCUCACCUGGGGAAGACCUGAGCCAAACCUGGGGACGGCAUGGGAAACAAGGAGCAGAAUGGUGCAAAGGGUUUAGUUCAAAUGUUUCCUUAUCGAUUCCGAUAUUUGAUUUCUUUAUUGCCCCUUUUGGUCUCACAGGGAGUUSAAUUUCAUAACCCCCCCAUCCCAUAUCUCUUUGAAACAGUAUACUUUUACUUUAUCAAUGUAUUUAUGUACAGGACCCAAGUACCAGACCUUCUGGAUACAUCCCUGGGGUCGAGAGAGAACUCCUAUUUCUUAGUGAAUGUAUUGCUUGGGAAUGUCACAACACCCCUCUAAGAUUAAAUCAAUAUUUUAAUGUUAUUUUAUCAUGAUAUAAUCAUAACAGUUAGUGGAUAUUUUAGUUAAGCUUGUGGCUCAUUGGCUAUCUAUAUGACUUAUUGCCUGUGGAUUAUGUCCAUCCAUACCAUCAUAGUAUUAGCUGUGAAGGAAACUCUGUGGGUCCUGUAGUCUGUUCUAUAGUUGGUUGAUGUGAAGUCUAGAUCAGUGGUGUAUGUGUGAGGAAAUAUCAGUGUCAAUGGCUGUCGGCUAUGAGUUGGCUGGUGGAAUCAGUACUGGGUUAGUGCUAUGAGAGUUGUGUAGAUAUCAGCAGUGCCUGUUGCGUUGUACUAUAUGAGUACAGUUUGUCUGGAGCCAUUGCAGGGACAGGGUUAGUGAGUGCUGUAAAUAUCAAUGUGUUUUUAUUAGGCCAAAACAGAUGGAGGAGAGAGGGAAAAACAAGCUGUAAUGAGCACAGCCAGCCUGCUGUGGGAGAGAAGGGGGAAUAGAUUAUCAGAAAGACUGGAGAGAUCAAACAGCUGCAACACAGGUGGCCUGGACAGAGAGACAGACUGGCAGGGAGGCAGAACCAGAGAGAGAACAAGCGUAUUUCUGGGCUACCGUGAAGAGUAUAGAUGGAUCUUUGUCAGGCUUGACGUGUUCUCCUGUCUUUUCACAUGAUGUUUCUACUGUAUGUACCCUGCACUUGUUAUGUCUGCUGGAUAUGCGCACAUACCCUGAACGGUCAACCAUGAAGAGUCAUGGUGAUGGACAGGAUUUAACCCGCAGGAGCUGGUUUGAAGCCAAGCUUCUCACAGAUAACAUCAGAAACUAGAAUAACAUGUUAGUUUAUUAGUUUACACUGACAGAUGCAUAACGAGGUUUUUAUCAGUGUUCUGCCCCAGACUACCACAUUCACAUAUAGACACUCAGAUCUCCAAGCCCUUUGCACCAGUUCUCUACCCAAGAAUAAAAAGGCCAUAUUUAAUAUCUUUAAUUGUUGUUAUUUGAAGUGUACAUACUACAUCUAUCAAUAUGUCUUAAGAUAUUUACAUUAUUUGCAGGUAUGUAUCUGCAGCUGUUCAAAAAAUUUUGUUGGGGAAAAUGUAAGAAUCCCUUUUUUUUCUGUAUAAAAUAUUGUUCUCUCCUCCUAUAUGUUGUAUUGUAUUCAGGCUCGCAGAAAGGGCUUUGUUUAUGUUCAGCCUUUUGAUUUGGCGUUUCUGUUUAACGUUGCUUGUGGCAUUGAAUUUAUAUAGACAUGUCAUGCUGCUUCCUAUUCAAGAUACUGAAGGGCCUUUUUUAAAUGUGCCUCUCCUUCGCUGGAGRGUUCUCCGCAUAGACAACAGAAGGGUACAGGAGGUAAACAGGAAGUGAACUGUGUGUGUGGUGUGUGAUGUCCCUUCUCACUACAGUCAGCAUUUUCAAGUACAUCAUUACAUUGGUGUGACCGUGACAGAUAUGUGUGAAGGUACAACAUCCAUCCUAUCCGUUUCAUCUGUUUAAAAAAAGAUGCCCUCCCCUUUUGAGAUGGAGUUGGAAGAUGAUCUCAUUUAAACUGAAUUGGGGAGAUCAACUACCAUUUUAGAAAAACUGAGAGCAAUAAGCUACUUAUUAACUACUUGCAUAAGAGUGAGUGUAACUGCUCGCAUAUUUUAAGCAAUUUUUUAAAAGUUUUACAACUUUUUGAGUAAACAAUUUCAGUGCUUGUUAUAAAAAAAAAAAAUGAAACACCAUACUGACAAUUUGGAUGACAUUUUA